AUGUCGAUUUUCGCCUCCGAAUGUGGCUCCGAAAUUCAAUUGGGAUAUUUAUAUGUCAACAAACGAGGAACGACGCGGUGGCUUUGCACCGGAAAUUUCAUCCCCUCGGGCGAUUUUUACUUUUUCACAACGAGUCGAAACACAAAUUUAGCGGACACCCAGGCGGACGUGGUGCUCUACGUGGUACUCUCGGUGGUCAUAUUGUUGCUGUCGCUCGGAUCAUAUUUCAUCGUUAAAUUCUAUCGCAAAAAGGGACAUCACCAGUCAUUGUAUAAUAUGACUGCCAACGAAUAUCAUCCCGAAUUUUAUCCGGAGCAUGAUAAGAAAUCCUUAUCAUUGCAGCCAGAUUUGACACAGACGGUGCCACCUUGUUACGAAUAUCCUUUCACAACCCCGGCCACCUCUGUUACGCGAUCCGUUUCAGAACACCACUACGAUGUUCCCCACAUCACUUCAGCAAGUGAUAUUCAGAUGUCUCCAGCAACGAGUUCAACGCUAGAAUCCUCUAGCGGCAAAAGAAGCCAACUAAGCGGGCUCACCAAUAAUUCGGACUCCACUUAUGAAGUUGCUACAGAGUCGGUAACUCUGCCGCUACCCUACGCUGUAACCCCUGCAUCCGGGGGUAACUACUCUAGCGGAAACUACACCAGCGCUACGGUGAACUACAGCGGAGCUUACUUGAACUUGAAAGAAAGCUCGGUAAGCCUUCUGGUGCCAGAUGGAGCAUUAGCGCGAUCUAGAAAACAGGACCUCUUUCUGUCGAUCCUCAAUGAGGAUUGCUUUAGGCCCAAACUAACAGAGAACGUCACCCAGCUUAGCCCCGUGGUCUCUUGCGGACCCAAUGUCGAAUUAAAUAAGCCUGUCGUUCUCAAAAUUCCACACUGUGCCGAAUUGUCCAGAAAUAAUUGGUUAAUAUCCGUACUACAAAGUGACUGCAGCGAUUCGCAAUGGCAAACGGCGGUAACUUUGGGACAAGAAACAAUAAAUACGGGAGUUUUCUGCCAACUGGAUAAAGAUAUUGCUUAUUUGGUCACAGAUUCCUUAUCUCGUUAUGUCCUUGUUGGUCAAUCUACUGAUGGAAUGGCCAUCAAAAGACUAAAGCUGGCGGUGUUUGCGCCAAAAUUAUGUUUCCAAUCUUCUGCAGACUUCAGCGUCAGGGUUUACGUAUUGGAAGAUACUGAAAGUUCAAUGGAAACCGUUUUUGGACAAGAGAAACGACUGGGAGGAUUCCUCAUGGACGAACCACGUUCGAUAUACUUCCAGGACGGAGGCAACAAUCUUUCUUUGAGUUUAGAUAAUAUUUCUGACGGUUGGAACGCAAAGCCUGGGUCCAAUUAUCAAGAGAUACCGUUUAGACAUUUGUGGCAAGCCAGUAGUAAUAGUUUACAUUGUUCCUUCACUCUGGAGUCCUACGAUUUAAACCGUCGUCUCAGUUUCACAGUUCGAGUCAAUCAGAAAUGUUUUGAUAACCAUCAGGCGUUCGACGUCAUGUGCAAGGACGAAUCAGUAAUGACAAAUACGUCGGGAUCAGCAGGGAAAGCCUAUCAAGAGUUAGUGCCAAAAAUAAUGAUCCACAAUGAAUCUCCACGUUCCACUUGCGAAUCAUCGAAAUCUCACAAAUCUCAGCAAGGAUUCAAGAGUACCCAGGAAGAAUUGUUACUGCCAAAGCAGGCUAAAAACGUGAUCGUAACUGAUAGAGGUGUUUCAACUUGUGAUGACUUUGUGUUUAGACUUAAUCGUCAAGUGAGAAAACAACUUUGCCAAUGCCUGGACCUGCCAAAUUCUCGAAACAAUGAUUGGAGAAUGUUAGCCCACGCCCUGUCGGUUGAUAGGUACAUCAACUAUUUUGCAACUAAACCUUCUCCAACAGACUGUAUAUUAGACCUUUGGGAAGCUAGAAACAGGCAAAGCAACGCUAUAACUGAUCUGAUUAAGAUUCUUAAAGAAAUGGACCGAUAUGAUGCAGCAAGUUUGCUAGAAAACAGUUUAGGCCCUAACUGGUUGUAAUCAAUGUUUUCAAAGAUUUUACUAUCCUUUCAUUCGGUUGUUGACGAAACUAAUGUUAAAUUAUUAUAAUAAUUAAAACUUAUCUUAUCGUCCUCUUACUUGUACUUCUCUACUCGUAAAAUUUCUUAAUUUUUUCUGUCUAGCAUCAGAUAACCUUAAUUAAAGUUUAAUGGUCUAAAUUAAGGGUGUAUUUUGUUGUUACAAUGAUUGUACAGAAAAAAUGGAUUUAAUAGAAAAAAUGCAAAAGGAAAUUUAUCUCAGAAUUUAGAUAGCAACAUCGAAGGGUAAGAGGACUAGUUGUGAAUGUUUUCGCAUCACCUUGUACACAAGCAACUGUCAAUUAUUUACGUAGACAGGGGAGAGACUGACAUCUAGAUUAAAUCUACUAAAAUUACAUUAUUAUUAAAACUUCUUGUGCCAACAAACAAUCAGCAGCUAUAGAAAUUAAUAUUUUUGCUAGAAUUUAUUGUUCUUAUUUAAGCGGCUAUUUUAUACGUAAUUCUAUUUAUGUUCGUAUAGUGAUUCUGAUUACCUAACAACAACUGAAUGAAAUAAACAUAGCUACCAACCUACUGUCUUUACCUACUUACAUGCAAUACUUCGAAGUACAUUUAUAAUUUUUCUAAUAGAUAAAUAAAAUUAAAUGGACACCACCUAGAGGGCAGCUUUAACAGUGUGCAAUUAUUAUCCUAAAAGAAUUGGUUCCCGGAAAGCUAUAUUUCUUCACUUGUUAGAAAGGUGCACUAAUAUGUCUAAAGGUAUAAUAACGGUACGUGUGUGCAUUAUUAUACAUAUAAGGUACAAUAAUUACCCACUAUUAUACCAGAGCAUUAACUCAAUGUAAAUUAUAUAUUUAGCGUUCAUCUGUGUACAUUGUAACAGAAACAUGGAUGUAAAACGUGUAGUUUUAUACUCGAAUCAAAAAAAGUAGUUUUCUAGAGUUUAUAUUAGACCCGUUUUGUACAAACGAAUUCUUUAUGUUGUCUAUACACCUGAAUCUACGAAAUGCAUUUUAGAAUGAAUGUAAAUAGAUAAAAAUUUUCGUAAAUU